AUGCUCCGAACUCGCCAGGCCGCAAAGGCCAUCCGGGCCGUCGCCAAUGCCCGAUCCUUCACCACCACAUCAGCCGUUGCCUCCGUUCACACUUCAAAGAAGGUCGCCAGUUCCAGGAAUCAAUCUACUGCUGCUGCACCUGCACGCGAUAUCCCCAGUCCAGGAUUCAAUGUCGAGAAGAACCAAAGCAAUGUCCAGCCUCUGGUCAACCCCCGGAAAAACGACAUGGAUGAGUCUUUCAUUGGAAAGACUGGUGGUGAAAUCUUCCACGAGAUGAUGCUUCGACAUGGUGUGAAACACAUCUUUGGAUACCCUGGCGGUGCCAUUCUCCCCGUUUUCGAUGCCAUCUACAACUCAAAGCACUUCGACUUUAUCCUCCCUCGCCACGAGCAAGGUGCUGGCCACAUGGCCGAGGGUUAUGCCCGAGCUUCUGGCAAGCCCGGUGUUGUUCUCGUCACAUCUGGCCCCGGUGCUACAAAUGUCAUCACACCUAUGCAGGAUGCUCUGUCUGACGGUACCCCCAUGGUUGUCUUCACCGGUCAGGUCGUGACAACUGCCAUUGGUAGUGAUGCUUUCCAAGAGGCCGACGUUGUCGGUAUCUCUCGUGCAUGCACCAAGUGGAAUGUCAUGGUCAAGAACGUUGCCGAACUUCCUCGACGCAUCAACGAAGCUUUCGAGAUCGCCACCAGCGGUCGCCCCGGUCCCGUCCUCGUCGAUCUUCCCAAGGAUGUCACUGCCGGUGUCCUACGGAGAGCUAUCCCUACCGAGACUGCUCUGCCUUCUCUGCCUAGCGCCGCUUCCCGCGCUGCUAUGGAUGUGACCAAGAAGCAGCUCGAGGGUGCCCUCCAGCGUGUCGGCAACCUCGUCAACAAGGCCAAGAAGCCCAUCAUCUAUGCUGGUCAGGGUAUCAUUCUUUCCGAGGGUGGUCCCGAGAUCCUCAAGGAGCUCGCUGACAAGUCCUCCAUCCCCGUUACGACUACUCUCCAGGGUCUAGGUGCCUACGACGAACUCGACGAGAAGUCCCUGCACAUGCUUGGUAUGCACGGCUCUGCUUACGCCAACAUGGCCAUGCAGGAAGCCGAUCUUAUCAUCGCUCUCGGUGCCCGAUUCGACGACCGUGUUACUCUGAGCAUUGCCAAGUUCGCCCCCGGUGCCAAGGCCGCUGCUGCUGAGGGCCGUGGUGGUAUCGUCCACUUUGAGAUCAUGCCCAAGAACAUCAACAAGGUUGUUCAAGCAACUGAGGCCAUCGAGGGUGAUGUCGCCACCAACCUGAAGGAGCUUCUGCCUUUGAUUGAGUCCAAGACAAUGGACGACCGCAAGGAGUGGUUCAACAAGAUCAACGAGUGGAAGAAGAAGUGGCCCCUGACCGACUACGAGCGUGCUGAGCGCUCUGGUCUCAUUAAGCCCCAGACUCUGAUUGAGGAGCUCAGCAACCUCGUUGCGGACCGCAAGGACCAGACUUAUAUCGCCACUGGUGUCGGUCAACAUCAAAUGUGGACUGCCCAGCACUUCCGAUGGAGACACCCCAGAUCCAUGAUCACCUCUGGUGGUCUUGGUACCAUGGGUUACGGUCUACCCGCUGCCAUUGGUGCCAAGGUUGCCCAGCCUGAUGCUCUUGUUAUUGACAUCGACGGUGACGCUUCUUUCAACAUGACCCUGAC